AUGGAUGUCUCAGGAAGCUUGACUUGCGUUGUCGUGGCGGUGGAUGGAAGCGAGGUGAGUAUGGAAGCUCUGAGGUGGGCUCUGGACAACCUUAAGCUCUCAUCGUCUUCUCCGGAUUCAUCAUUCGUCCUCCUCCACGUUCAGCCUUCUCCUUCUGUCGCCGCCGGCGUAAGCCCUGGAACCAUACCUUUCGGUGGUCCCAGUGGUCUCGAGGUUCCUGCUUUCACCGCUGCAAUCGAGCAACACCAGAAACGGAUCACUGAUACCAUCCUCGAACACGCUCGUCAAAUUUGUGCUGAUAAAUCUGUGAAUGUGAAAACCCAAGUGGUUGUUGGGGAUCCCAAGUAUAAGAUCUGCGAAACAGUAGAGAAUUUGCAGGCUGAUCUGCUUGUUAUGGGUUCAAGGGCUUAUGGACGCAUUAAAAGGAUGUUUUUGGGAAGUGUAAGCAACUACUGCACCAACCACGCGCACUGUCCUGUUGUGAUCAUUAAACCCAAAGAGGAUUCUACGGAGUAA